UGAAAUAAAUCAAUGUAACAUUAUGAAAAAGUUCCGUCAAAUUAUGAAAAAACCCAAUUAAAUUUAAUGAACAAUUGGAUUUAUUUAUUUAGAACUAUAUUUAUUAUUUAUUUUUAUGUAUUUAUAUUUAAGGGUUUGUGUUAUAUCCAGGGUAUUGAUUUAAUAAUAAUAUUUCUGUAUUUAUAUUUAUUUAAUAUUGGAUAAAGCUGCAUUCCAUAUUCCAGUGCGCCUCACUUUUUCGCACACUGGAUCAACGGUCAAAGAGUAAAAUUUGAGUUUCCGAGCAGCACGUGAAUGCAGCAGCAGGGGUCCUCCAUCAGACCCCACCUCUCCCUCCUCCUCCAGCCGCCUCACCUCGCUCGGUCGGCGGCUGCGGCCCUCAGAGCGCAGCGCUGACCCGACCUGAACGCCACAUGUGCGUAAAGAGCCGCGCUGUGCGCACCGCCGCUCCGAGUCUCCCGCCGGUUGAAGCAUGGAGGAGUUGGCCCGAGAGAGCAUCAGCCUGCUGGCCUCGGCCUCAGCCAAGCCCCCGCUGGACGUGAGGCCCCGGCUCGGCUCCCUGGGGGCCAUUUUCAUCAUGCUGAAGUCCGCUCUGGGCGCCGGACUCCUGAACUUCCCCUGGGCCUUCGAGAGAGCCGGAGGGAUCCGCAGCGCAGUGACCGUGGAGCUGAUCUCGCUGGUGUUCCUGGUCAGCGGUCUGAUCAUCCUCGGAUACUCGUCGUCCAUCAGCGGUCAGUGCACCUACCAGGCGGUGGUUAAGGAGGUGUGUGGUCCGGCCAUCGGUCAGCUCUGUGAGAUCUGCUUCGUCUUCAACCUCUUCAUGAUCUCUGUGGCCUUUCUGGUCAUCGUGGACGACCAGCUGGAGAAGUUGUGUGAAUCCUUGUAUGAAUUGGUGACCGGUUUACCGAAGUCAGAGAUGCCGUAUCACUUCUACACCGACCAACGCUUCGGCCUGGUGCUGCUCUGCGCCUUCCUCAUCCUGCCACUGUCCAUCUCCAAAGAGAUCAGCAUCCAGAAAUACAUCAGCGUUCUGGGCACUCUGGCUGCGACCUACCUGACCAUCGCCAUCAUCAUCAAAUACCACACUGUGCCUUCUGUUGUGGUUCGCAGCACCCCUCUCUACACCAGCGGCGUCGGCUCCUGGGCCUCCAUGUUCACCGUCAUCCCGACCAUCUGCUUCGGCUUCCAAUGCCACGAGGCGUCCAUCGCCAUCUACAGCAGCAUGGAGAACCAGAGGCUCUCCCACUGGGUCUUCAUCUCCGUGGUUUCCAUGAUCUUCUGCCUCAUUAUUUACUCCCUCACAGGGGUUUAUGGGUACCUGACAUUUGGAAAGGACGUGAAGGCCGACAUUUUAAUGUCGUACGCCAGUGACGACGUCCUGAUGGUCAUCGCCCGGCUGCUGUUUGGAGUCUCCAUCAUCACCGUCUAUCCCAUCACCCUGCUGCUUGGCAGAUCAGUGAUCCAGGACUUCCUCCUGAGCUGGCGGCGGCGGCGUCACGGCGGCUUUUUAACGGUGGAGUUUGAGAGCCGAAGUCGCUACGUACUAACAGUCCUGUGGAUAGUGGCGACGCUGCUCAUCGCCGUGUUCAUGCCGGACAUCAGUAAGGUCAUCAGCGUCAUCGGAGGCAUCAGCGCCUUCUUCAUCUUCAUCUUCCCAGGACUCUGCCUGAUGUUUGCCAUGCAGUCUGAGCCGGUGUCCUGUAAGACCAGAAAGGUCCUCACGGUUUGGGGCGUCAUCACUCUGAUCUGUGGAGCGUUUAUCUUCGGCCAGAGCACCACCAUCGCUGUCAUGCAGCUCCUGGGAAAGAUCUGAGUCCCGUGUUUUCAUGGAGACUGGAUCUGAACUGAAAACCUCCUCCUUGAUCCUUUAAAGAGUCUGUGGUGAGUUCAGGCUCUUUAAAUACGAGUGAAGAAGCUUCUUCAAAGCUGCAGCUUCUGACUUUUACCACAACGGACUGAACCUCCGUCCCUCAAGGUACCGUUGAUUUCACUCAGAUUAAUCGCUCCACAUCUCCUCCUCCUGCUCUGCUGACAUCUGACUGAAUCCUCAGGUAUUUUCUGCAGUUUGUUGACAUAAUCUUGUCUCAUUUAUCAGCGUAUUUACAUGCAGAGUUUGGGUAACAUGAAAGCUUUACGUGUUUGUUACAGUUUUUUUCUUUCAGCAAUAGAUUUUACGACAAAAAUUUUAAUUAUCACUUUCAAAAUACAAUAUCAACACUUUAAAGAUACAACCUGAUUUCCAAAAAAGCUGAGAAAAAAGUAAAUAAAACAGGAUCCAAAUGAUUUAAACCUUAUACUUAAUUGAAAAUAUUGAUACAAAGACAACAUAUCAAAUGUUGAACCUGAGAAAAUUUUUUUUUUUUUUUUUUUUUUAAGAAAUAUGAGCUCAAAAUUAUUCUUUGCACAUCUCAUUAAUGAAACAGGUGCAGCAUAUUAACUCCUACAGGCUGUCUAACUUACAAAUAUGCAUUAAUUUAGAGAUCUUUAGGUCUAGCACCAAAAACAAAUAGGAAUAAGUAUAUUUUUGCUGGGUAAACAGUGUGCAGUUUAUUUGAAUAUGAUUAGAGCAAUGUGCUUCCAAAAAGUUGGGACAGGGACACCAAAAAAGCACAUAUUAGAAUGUUUUACAACUAAUUAGGUUAGUUAGUAAAUGGUUAGUGAGUCUAAAAAGAGCAUUCUAGAGAAGCUCAGUCUUUAAAAAGUAAAGAUGUGGAGCACGUAAGAAUAAUGUUUCACAAUUUAAAUGAAAUUGAUUUGGGGAUUUCAUCAUCUAUGGUUCAUAAAAUCAUUAAAAGAUUCAGAAAAUGCAGAAUAUUCUCAGUAUGUAAGCGAUAAAUUAAGAUUAAAUGACUUAUCUUAUGAUUUUCAGGCGUCACUGCAAUAAAUAAAUAAAAUAAAUCGAUUCUGAAGUGGAAAGUCCCCCGAUCAGUUUUUUUUUUUUUUUUUUUUUUUUUUUUAAGGCUGACACUAAUUACAGGUAAUAAAGAAAACCAAUAACUUGCUGAUAGUUAACGAAGCACCGCUAACUUUUAAAUUCAUUUUAUGAGGAAUCGGGUUCAAAAAUCGACACCAAUAAAUGAAAAAAACUAAGUAUUGGAUCCACUAAUCCACCGACUCCUGCUCAGGAACACCACCAUGCCAAGAAAAAUCAAAUAUACAAGAUUCAGAAGUGCAGAAACUGUUCCACAGCCUCCGUCAUGUGACUCUUUUUCUGCACAAAAUGGACCAAUCAUGUUCUGUCUACUUGAGUAAAGAGGAGCUGGUUGAUAUAAUGGAAAGUUACGAAGAAUAUGGACUUUUGUUACAGUAAAAAACACUGCUACUGCAAAUAAGGCAAGACAGGAAUGCUGGUAGAAAACAGUAAAUAUAUUUAAUUUACCACUAUUAAUGCAGCUGUUUAUUUCUAACUAGACAGAUGCACUUUAGAGAUGUUAAAAGUCUAAUUUAAUUCACUUAAAUAUGAUCUUGAAGAAGCACAUUUAGGUCCGACUGUCCCGUAAUGAAGGAUUUGUGUAAAUCGCUUUGCCCCAAUCAAAGUUAAAGAUGAUGUUACUGAUUGAAUAUUCUCUGUGAUAAAUACUGCUACACUCAGUUUUCUAAUCUGUGUUCAAUCAGUUGCAGCACCAGCAGCGUAAAAUUGAUUUUAAUUAUGAAAAAUUGUUAUAGUUUUAAGAAUAUCUUUCACUUUUUGACAGUUUUUAUUUUUCACAGCUUACAGACAUAGUUUCUAAUGUUUUCUUCACAUUUUCAUUAUUUGUUAUUUAUCAUCCUUAUAAAAUUCAUUGCGUCUAAUAAAAUCUUUUGAAUAUUAUGUCAUAUUAUUAUUAAUAGUUAUGAAUAAAACCAAACACAUGUAAUAAGAGGAUGAGACCAAUGUCACAUUAAUAUUACUCCUCUCUAAAUUGUAAUUUAAUUCAUGUCUUACUACUUGAUCGGCCUGUUGUGGUAUCUUAAAGUCAGGGAAUAAGUGUGUCUUCAGUGGGAGUUUUGCGCGUCAGUAACUUCCGGUGUCACAUUUAUGAGUUUUUGGAAGUGUAGCUGUGGUUUUCCUGCUGAUCAGUAUCUCUGCUGCUGCGUUAGUUUUCAAUUAUUAAUAGUUAAACUUGGCAGCGAAUCAGGACCAAGUAUAGAAACGCAUGCAUUUUCUACAUCACCCAACUAAAUGGUUCCCAUGGCAACGCUUUGCAUACACUGUGAGAUACUGUAGUAUUUAUAUCGUACGGCUCGGCAGGUUAGAAUAUAUUCAGCAGGUUUUAAAAACGUAUUCCUUCAGCCGAGAUCUAUAUUACUCCGAGAGAAAUGUCAGGAAAGCAGAUUUAAACCCCAAACAGUUUCUAUCUCCUCACCUUUGUGACGCUGAAAACUCUGACUCAACAAUCUUCGCUAAUCUCUAACUAAACCCACUAAUCUUGCCUCGUAGUUCACCUCUCUGGGCUCCCAAACUCUUCCAAAGUUUUGUUAAAAGCACAGAUGCAAAAUAAUAAAACGCAGAAAUACAGAUAUAAUAAAUAAUGGCAAACAAAACAGAAUAAAUAGAGUAAAGGAAAAUAGACAAACUGUAAAAAAAAAAAAGGGGGGGGGGGUAAAAUGAAAACAAGAAAAGCACUCAGAGAGCGCAGUACUCCACCAAGGCUGCUCAGUCAUCGUAUCAUUUCCAACGGAUGAAAUCUUGAAAAAAUUUGUGACAAAAAUCACGGCAUCAUGAAAUAUGGCCAUUUAAUAUAGAUGUACCCACAAACAAAAUGACCUUGCGCUGAGCACAGGUGUGUGUUAUGCAUGUGUACGUUAUGUACAGAUACCGAAUCGUGUGACCUAAAUAUGUAGCGGACGAAUUGAUGGAUUGAUGGGACUUAGAAACACCCCCACAAUUUAAUCAGUUGUUUCUUGUAUGAUUUCUGAUGGAUAAGUCCACAGCGGUGGAUUUGUAGCAGGAUCGCAGUCAUGUGAUCGUCAGCAGGCAGCUGACAUAGUGUUCACUUGUUGUCAUGGUUACAGUGACGCCGUGCCGCGAUCUCUCAAUGAUACAGAAAUCUUUAACCAAUCCGUGGAUCCAGACUAUAAGCCACAUCAUGCUAGAAUCUAACCACUUGGUCCUUGUGUCAUUUCUGACCUUCCCUGUAAAUUUCAUCCAAAUCCGUUAUUCCAUUUUUGAGUAAUGUUGCAAAAAGAGAAAAAACGUACGCCGAUCAUCAUUACUUCAGCGGGAGUAAUAACAAAAAAGUGAAUUUACUGAGGUACUUGAGCACAAUUUUGAGUAACUUGUACUUAAGUAUUUCCAUUUUCUUAUACUUUAUACUUUAUUGCAGUUCAAACUUUUUUUGUCCACUAACUUUAUUUGAUAACUUGGGUUUGUAGCUUUUUUUUUUUCACAGAUUUAGCUCAAUAAUUGAAAAGGGAUAUAAUAAUUAAAUAAAAUGAUACAUGAAACUUUAGGGGAAAUUCACAAGGCUACCAAGUAAAUAAACUAUAUGAAGUAGUUCAGUUAUCUUUACCAGAAAGCCAGUCAGGUAAAAAGGAAAGAAAAAGACCAAAGUUACAAAAUGUAAAACACAGAAUGUCAAAAUAAACUCUUCCAAAGUUUUAUUAAAAGUUCAGCUGAUUGUAAAAAUGCCUGUUUUCUCAAACAUGUUUAGCUUCAAAAUGAGCACUUAUAUUUCACAAAAUCACAAUUUUUAAACAUUUUUUAUGCUGUCUUUGUACAAUUUCCAAUUAAAUAUAGGAUUUGCAGUCGAUAUGGUCUGUAUUUACUUAGAUUCCACUCAGUUGGAUAUGGGGUUGUAUGAUCUUGAGAGUCAAACAUGGCGACGUAGAGGAGGAAAGCUCUCAUUUUAAUCGUAAUUCCUUUUCAUCAUUUACACAGUUUGUAAGUUACACUACUGGAAAAAGUGAUGAGGAAGGUCUGGUGGGGGAUAUUUCCUCUUCUGUGGAGGCAGAAAAGUUGACGGAGGUUACUUGAGGUGCCGCAAGCAGCAGAGAAGAGGAUGAUCUGAUGUUUUUGUAUGUAAAUAUGUUCAUGUUGUAUGUUUUAAAUAAUAAGCGCUGCCUUCUGUAAUUCAGAUAAAUUAGUAAGGAUGUGGAAAGUAGUUGUAAUUAUUGUCAAUGUGUUCAAGAGGAGAAAACCGAAUAAAAUAGGUUUUUUAUGAUAAACAGCA